CAGGGACGGCCUACCCGCACAGCGGAGGACGGCGUCAGGACAAGCGCUCCCGAGCAACAAGUAUCCCGGCAGCGCUUCGCUGCCGCUCGGCGCUCGAGCUCCACAUACACCAGCAGCAGCAGCACGCCAGCACGAGCGGAAGCGGGAGGGAGCGCUGGCUGCUUGAUUCGGUCAACUCCCGCGCGCUCGCGGCAGGAUCAAGGCCAAUGGGGCGGGAGAGGAGGCCGUGGCCGGCGGCGGCCGCCGCCGUUCUUCUGCUCGUCGCCUCCUGCGUCGCCGCGGCGCCGCUGCAGCAGCACCAGCGCGCCAGGAUCACAGGUACGCGCCGCCCGCUUCCUCCUCCUCGGUUGUGAAUUCGCUGGAUCCGGAAAUGCUCUCUCAGGUGGCGGUGGCUCCAGGCCCUCCUCCUCCUCCCCCAGGCCCUCACGCUCGCCGCUCGCCGGUGUCCCACCCUGGCCCGGCGACCACCUCCGAGAUGGAGCGCCUCCCCUCCCCAGGCCCCCACGGCCCCACGGCCCCACCUCGCCGGAAUCCCGCUCGGGUCCGGCGACCACGACCCCAGUACGCUCCUCCCUCUCCCCGGAGGCCACGCCAUUCUACCCUUCCGGCGGCCGCGGCAAGCAUCUGCGCUGGAAGGACGCUACCCCUUCUGAUGGGGACGCCGGCGGCGUGCUGGACGACAACCCGGUGGGGAAGCUGAAGGUGUUCGUGUACGAGAUGCCGCGCAAGUACAACCAGAUGCUGCUGUCCAAGGACAGCCGGUGCCUGCACCACAUGUUCGCGGCCGAGAUCUUCACGCACCAGUUCCUGCUGUCCAGCGCGGUGCGGACGCUGGACCCGGAGGAGGCCGACUGGUUCUACACCCCCGUGUACACCACCUGCGACCUCACGCCGCAGGGCUUCCCCCUCCCGUUCCGGGCGCCACGAAUCAUGCGCAGCGCCGUCAAGUACGUCGCCACCACGUGGCCCUACUGGAACAGGACCGAGGGCGCCGACCACUUCUUCCUAACACCCCACGACUUCGGCGCCUGCUUCCACUACCAGGAGGAGAGGGCGAUGGAGAGGGGCAUCCUGCCGCUGCUCCGGCGCGCGACGCUGGUGCAGACGUUCGGGCAGCGGAACCACGUGUGCCUGCAGGAGGGGUCCAUCACCAUCCCGCCCUACGCCAACCCGCACAAGAUGCAGGCGCACCUCAUCAACCCCGGCACGCCGCGCUCCAUCUUCGUCUACUUCCGCGGCCUCUUCUACGACAUGGGCAACGACCCCGAGGGUGGCUACUACGCCAGGGGCGCGCGCGCGUCAGUGUGGGAGAACUUCAAGGACAACCCGCUGUUCGACAUUUCGACGGAGCACCCGUCAACGUACUACGAGGACAUGCAGCGCGCCAUCUUCUGCCUGUGCCCGCUGGGGUGGGCGCCGUGGAGCCCGCGGCUGGUGGAGGCGGUGGUGUUCGGUUGCAUCCCGGUGAUCAUCGCCGACGACAUCGUACUGCCCUUCGCGGACGCCAUCCCCUGGGAGCAGAUCAGCGUGUUCGUGGCGGAGCGCGACGUGCCGCGCCUCGACUCCAUUCUCACCUCCAUCCCGCUCCAGGACAUCCUCAGGAAGCAGCGCCUGCUCGCCGGCGCGUCCGUCAAGCAGGCGCUGCUCUUCCACCAGCCCGCAAGGCCCGGGGACGCCUUCGACCAGAUACUCAACGGGCUGGCGCGCAAGCUGCCGCACGGCAAGGGCGUGUUCCUCCAGCCCGGGGAGAAGGUGCUCGACUGGGACGCUGGGCUCGAGAGCGACCUCAAGCCUUGGUAGGCGCAGCAGCGCCUGCCUUCACAUUUGUUCAUGUUCUUUUGUUUUGUUCUUUUAUUUAAAUCUUUCGAUCGAUGGAUGGAUGGAUCACGCAUUAGUUUUUGCACGACCAGUUUACACGCAGCAGCAAUAUAGAGCGAGAUUUCUCGGGAUAUUUGUGAGAGGCAGCCCUUGUGUGAUUUAAAUUUAGUGUUCACUACAUCGAUGGUUGCCAUGUGUUUUAUUUAGCGUAUGUAUAAAUCGAGCUAAUUAACCUGUUCUGCUUUUA